AUGAUGGCCAACGCACAGGGCCAAUCAAGCAACAUCUUACCACGAGAGAACUUGACAAACCUGAAAGGCAAGAUCUCCACUCAAGUCUGGGAUAAACUCGCCCGGGCCAGAGGCGCACAUCUAAACGCGAUGGAAGGCCUCCCAAUGUUUGCUGCUGCAAUGUUGGCGGGAAAUCUGGCUAAACUCCCGGCCAAAGAUCUCAACUACAUGGCUCUUGAUUAUCUUGCCGUGCGGGUACUGUACACCGCGGUGUACAUGGGAGGAAAAUCCGAGCUGGGGAGCUAUCUCCGCACUGGUAUUUGGGCUUGGAGUAUUUCCAUUCCGAUUUGGGUUCUUAUUCGCGCGGGAAAGGCUGUAAAUGCUGGUGAUCCUCUUUGA